AUCAUUGCCUAGCAACUCGGAGUUUAUCAGGUCUUAUUUUUUAGUUGCGCUGACACAUAUUCAGCUACUAUGUGAACAUUAAAAGGUGUAUAAAUACCAUUUAUUGUGCUGAAGCUUCGGAACAAUAUGAGUAUCCAGAGCGAACCAAAUAGUUUACCAGUUUCGGAAAACUCGCGUGUUGAUUCCGGAACAGCUAGCCCCGAAAGUGAGGAGCUCAAAGAUGAGUCGGAUUCGAGCUCACCACAGCAGUCUACGGAGAGCAUUUCUAUUUCAGAAGAGACAACUGUCAGCACAACUCACAUUGUACUUUCUCCACUUGAAGCGAUUGGAAUUAUAUCUGUUCUAGAAACAUGUAUUGAUCAAAUUAAUAUACUGAGUUACACCAACGACAAGCCACCCAUUGAACCGAAUAUGGACUACAAAUCGCUGGAAGAGAGACUUGGUGUACCCGAUGAGAAGGACAGAGUCAUUGAUGUAGAAACUGAUCUGUUAAGAGAAGUGGCUAUAGCCUCAAUGAAACUGAAGAAAUUGCAGAGGGAUCGUGCAUUUUUAGAAAAGACAUUGCAGGCAACAGUGGAAGAAAUAAAGGCCACUGGAUCAUUCCACGUGUUAAGCAGAACUGUUCUCCAAGAGAUAUUGGUCCAAAUGGAAGAGAAAGACCUUAUAGAACAAGAAGAGCGAAAUUCAGAGGAAGUAAAAUAUCUGCAGGCAAAGAUUGUUGAAGAAGCAAAAGAAAUUCACGACAAGCUUUACCAGAGGGAUGAAAUUAUUGCAAAACUAAAGGAUCAAAUGCAAGAUGUGAUGUUUGACAGCGAAAUGCAGCUCAGAUAUGUCGAUCACUGGGAAAGGGCAAGGCAAAGUCAGAAUCUUCUCAAAUAUAAUCUACAAGAGAGACAUCUUACUGAAGCUAUCGAGGAACUUGAGGGACAAAGCAGUACUGAGGUCAAAGUUGGUGAGGCUGUUGAACGAUACAUAAAUGAAUCGCAAAAUAAACUUCUGCAAGAAAUAGACGAUUGGCAACAUAGAUACAUCACUGAACUUGAAGAGAGGCAGCUCCAUAUCUCAAAACUGACAGAACAGCGUGAGCAGCACUUCCAGGAACUGGAGGACCUUGCGGUUCUGUAUCAGAAACACCAAGAAGAAAUAAGAGACUACCUAGAAUUUGUAGCUGAAAGAGAACGAAAGGCAGCUGAAGAAAUUUUUAUAAAUAUGACAGCUACAAGAAUACAAGCCUGGUGGAGAGGCACGAUGGUUCGCAGGGGUUUAGGUCCAUAUAGAAAGAAAAAGGGCAAAGGAAAGGAGAAGGAUGCUAAAGGAAAGAAGGGGAAAAAGUAAUAAUUGUGCCCCACUAGUCAGAAGCCUCACAAAUGACUUUCAUAGUAAAAAUCUCUACAAGUUUAUAAAUGUGAUUAUUCAGAUUCCACUCAGUGUAGUUAUAGAUAUGUUUCCACUUCUACUUCAGUCAUAUAGAGAAUGAAACUGUCAGUACAGAGAGGGAGAUGGAGGGUGGGGGAGAUGCCAAAAUAAGAUGCUAUGCUGUUUUGAAAAUUACAUGCAAAAUUAACCCUGUUCUUUCCUUGGAAUUUUCGGAAAAGUACCAGUGCCAACCGUUGUGUUAAGACUACAAAACAUUCGUAUAGUUUUCAAGAAUACACAUUUAUAAUGAUGACAAUUUUUUGCAAAGUGAAAUGAUAGUGAAGAGUCCUAUAACAAAUGGUAGUGCUAGAUUCUUAUUUUGUUUGGAUCACACACAGUAACUGCGUAAUCAUAUUACUGAACAGGAAAAAUUAUCUUUCAACAAAACUUUAACAAUAAUCAAAUAAAAAUGGAUAACUAUACUUCUAUCUGACUGAAGGAAUCUUAACAUUAUGAUACACUCAACUCAAAGAUUGGUUUGAACACAACAGUGCUAUACUGGGCAUGGUAUGGUCUAUCCUUCCUCUGACUUUUCCAUUGAAUCAUCCAGACAACAAAUUGAUUUAAAAAAAGCAUUAAGCAUCUGUUGCAAACCACUUAGAACAUAUUUAAGUUGAAAAUGAAUUAUUUCAGUAACGACAGUCAGUAACUGUUCAAAUACUCAUAAAAAUUAUAACAAUUAAAAAGUCAAGAAUAAUGAGGUGUUUCCAAAAGCUGCAUAGCUAUGAAGGAGAUUUACUCGCAACUACUGGUUUCAUGUCAGUAUAGAUGCAUCUUCAGUUUUAUAAUCAUUAUGUUUUCAUAAAUCAAACAAUGGAAAAUCCAGGAUGGAAUGUAACAAUACGAGAGAAGGAAAGUUGCUACUCACCAUGUAGCAGAGAUGCUGAGUCGCAAUAGACACAAUAAAAUGAUUCACACAAUCGUAGCUUUCGGCCAUUAAGGCUUUUGUUAGCAGUACACACACACACACGCGCGCACACACACACACACACACACACACACACACACACACACACACACACACACACACUCUGUGUGUCUACUGCUGACAAAGGCCUUAAUGGCCGAAAGUUAUGAUUGUGAGUCUUUUUAUUGUGUAUAUCGCGACUCAGCAUCUCCACUAUAUGGUGAGUAGCAACUUUCCUUCUCUCGUAUUGUUAUGUUUUCAUAAGGUAGAUGGACAAUUACAGAGUCCCAGUUUUCAGAAAGUUACCCACGUUAAGAGUCAAAUCUCAAUCAUGGGUCAUCUUAAUAAAAUUGAGUACACACAAAGAUGCUUGUCAAAAUCUAUGAAGCAUGAAUGCUGAAUGCACCAGGCUGCACAACACCCCAUAGAAUUUAUUCUAACAUCUGAUGGACACGGGCUGUAUAAAAAACCAGUCAAGUGAAACUUAAAAUUCCAUAUAAUGUGCAUAUUUUCGCUGUAUUGUUAGCAGACUGAUGUGGUGUAAGCAGCCCGUGGAGACCAGCAAUACACUGGAAGGUGGAAGACCACUGUGCCGUUACUAGUGCCCACUUGUCACAUUUGACUCUGUUCUUCUUUCUUAUUUUUGCCGUUGUUCAUUGAUUCUUGAUGGUAGAUUUUUGUAAACUGAAUGAUUCACUGUUCACAGUAGCAACACUGUGAUACAGAGUUCUUCCCAAAAGCUGAGACUCCAUAGUUGGCCAUCUACAUUAUGGAAAUAUAACCAUUAUAAACCUGAAGAUGUGCCUAUACUGAUGUGAAACCAGUAGUUAUGAAUAAAGCGCCUUCACACAGCUAUGCGGCUUAUGGAAACAUUCAUCAUUCUUGACUUUUUGAUUGGUAUAAUUCUUAUGAUAAUUUGAAUGGUUAUUGUUAUUUAUAAGGUUUCAGAGCUGUGAUCACCAUCCCCAGAAAGUUGUUUGUGUCACUGGAAUUUGAUUUCAUGCUUGCCUUAUGUUGUGUCAUGUGUUGACAGCUGGUGUUUUCCUUUGGCUUGGAAAUCUUACUUUUGAAAUAAUAAUAUCUGUGAAAGUUA